AUGCUUUGCGCAACGCCGUGCGUGCCGCGCGCGGGGCUGUGGUGGGCGCAGGUGGAGGGCCCCGGGGGCGACUUCGGGCAGGCGCUGGUGCGCGGGGGCGGCGGCCGCCGCCGCCGCCGCGCCGCCUUCCGCCUCAAGCCCUGGUUCUCCGCGGGCGGCGCAGACGACGGGGGCGGGGCCAUCGCGGUGGAGACGCGCACCGCCCCCGGCGGCGUCCGCGUCAGCUACAUCCCGCGCUCCGUCGGCCGGCACCAGCUGGCGCUCCUGAGCAGAGGGCGCCACAUCGCCGAGUCGCCCUACACGGUGAUGGCGCCGGACUUCACGGGGCCG